AUGCCUGCAGUCUGUGACAAAUGUGAGCUGGACCCAAAAACCACUGUGUUACUGAGAGAUAUCCAAUCUGAAGAACCCCUGGAUCUGACCAAAUCACUCAAUGACUAUGGCAUCAGAGAUCUGUAUGCCAAGGAAUUGAAAGCUGUUACGGAGGACCCAGCAACACCAACUCAUAAAGAUUAUGAGAAAUCAGUGACCCAUGAGAAAGUAAACAGAGGAUUACUUGGCUUGUUUAUGAGAGGCAAGAAAACAGGUGACGAGAACGUGUCCAGCACCAAUAGUGCCUCCACCUCUCUGGUGCUGAAUAAUCAGAUCAAUAUCAGUUCUCCUAAAUCGAGCUUGGUCUUGUCUACACCGACAUCCGACAUGUCUAAGAAGAGACGGGCACCACAGCCUCCCAGCAUGUCCGGGUCCCAGAGCAUUUCCAGUAGACUGAUCUCUAGCCAGGAUGCCACUCUGCCUAAAAAUGAUGCCUGUGACAAACAGGGUGUGCUCAGUUGUGUCUCCACUGACUUGUCUCUUAAGAGGACAAAACGCAAAGCUCCACCUCCUCCAGGAAUCAGCCCUUCCCAACCAGACUCCAGUGAUAAAGAGAGGCCCUAUGCAGAAGCUUCAGUUAACCACAACUACCUAGAGGAUGCUCAACAGGAAGAAUUAAGUGGUGCCCAUUUUAACCAGUACAGUAAUUUCCCACCACCUUCUCCUCUAAUGAAAGAGAUCCUAUUUGAAUUCAUGGACAGAUUGAAAGCCCAGGGCCAGGUGGAGCUUUCAUCCGAUGGGUCUCCAGCAUCAAACCAUACUUCAAACCUGCAUUGUUCAUUGCACAAAUCUGUAGACUCUAGGAACUGUGACUCUUUAUCCCAGAGACAGGAGGCACCACAGGAUCGAAGAGAUGGCCUUAACACAUUUACUGUGGUACCCAGGAAAAAAACACAAAGCCCAAGACAAUACGAGUUUGUCAUCACGCUGGAAACUUCAGAGUCUGGAGAAACAGGAAAGAAACUUAAAGGAGGAAAUGACAAUCGGAAGAAUUCAGAACCUCGGGAAUCUACUAACAAUCAAGAGUACAAUACCAACACAAUGGUGACUCAUGAAAAAACAGAACAUGUUAACAAUGUGGAUAAAACAUGUGGAAAUUUGGAUAUUUUAGAAGCAACCGAGAAAGAACUUGAUAUGAUAAAGCUAUACACCUAUACUGAGAACCAUCUAGAUAAAGGAAGAGAGAUGGAAGACCAGGUUGUGCUAGAAGAGAGAGAUUGGGAAGUUAUGUUUAAAGAGAAGAGAAAAAUAUUUCAGAAUGGUGUACAUUGUGAAGAAGCAGUAAAUCUAAAGAGAUGUACAAUGUCAUCUGACAAAGCAGUGGUGGAAGAUGUGGUAGAAAAGACAACUUUUGACUUUAAGCCCCCAUCACCUCCUAGUUACUGGAAGGAGGACGAUUGUGAGACCCAGCAUGUAAAGAAAAGUGAAAAAGCAGAGAUGAUUGGGAUUGAGAAAAAAGCUGAAGACAAAGAGACCUCUACAACCUAUCCAACAGCACCCAGACGUGAACAUCAUCGUGAUCCUUACUGGAAAACUAACUUGGACACAAUUCAAGUACCCUUUAAAUACCAGUCACCAGACUCCGUUUCUAAAUUUGGUUUAAAUUCAAGCCUCAGUAAUGAAAAACCCAGUUCAGAGAAUAUAACCCAGUCUGAGAAUCCUUCUUUGGUUGACUUUAAAAAUGCAGGGCCUAAUUCUAACUCUGAACCUCACCAAAGUUUUAAGCUUCCUGUUGCAUGCUUAGUGUCUCCUUUUGCUUUGGCAGUCUCUCAGAGAGCUAUGAGUGUUGGGAAAAGGGGUUACCCUUUAAAUCUGUCUGCCAGAGGACUGGGCUCUUCCAUUCUGCUCCAUUUAAACACAGCUGAAGGCAUGUGUAAAUGAACCUCCAUACAGAAUUUGAAGAUCCUUAAAUAGAUAACGCUUUCACAGUUAGUAUUUUUUUUACUGGAGUUUAUUUGAUACUUAAAGUA